AUCUGGGCGACGAUUCCAGAUUCUGAAUCAGUUCGCUGUGUGUAAGGUUCAGCAGGACAUCGCGCCAUCGCACAGCAUGGAGUUGUCAGAGGGACCCCUGACAUUUCAUGAUGUGGCCGUGGACUUCACCCGGGAGGAGUGGCGGCUCCUGGGCCCCAAGCAGAAGGACCUGUACAGGGACGUGAUGCUGGAGAUCUACCGCCACCUGGUGUUCGUGGGUUGUGAGGCCAGCAAACCUGACAUACUGUCCAAGUUGGAUCAGGGUGAAGCACCAUGGACAGUGGCAGGUGAACUCCACUGCGGAACCCGUUCAGAUAUCCGGAAACGUGAUGAUCAUCUGCCAGAACACUUACAAAAUGAAAGCCUACAACAAUGGCAUCAGCGUAACACAUAUGAAAAUGCUGCCCAGGAGAGCACAAACCAUUCUCUGUUAAAACAAAAACAUAUGUCUGACUCACAUGGAAAAAAUAUAAAAUCAGAUUUAUCUUUACUUAACCAGAGAAGAAACUAUGGAAUCACCUUGCGAACUGAGCAUUCUGAAGAUAGAAAAUCCUGUCUCCACACCAACAGUGAACAGUUUCAGGCUGAAGUGAAAUUUCACGAAAGCCAAAAACUCGUCAGUACUGAGUCCCAACUCAUCAAACUUCAGAAGAGAGAGAAGGCUCACGGGAUGGGUGACGAUGGGAAAGCGUUCCAGAAGAGGUCUUGUCUCUCUGAUCAUCAGAUCGUCCAUUCAGGUGAGAAGCCACGCCAGAGUUUUGAGUGCAGGGAAGCAUUCACAAUCUUCAUCCUCACUGAACAGAGAACAAGAGAGAAACCCUUCAUAUGCAGUCACUGUGGGAAAGGCUUCCUCCAGAAUCGUGACCUCAUUGUACAUAGGCGAAUUCACAGAGGGCCCAAACCCUGUAUCUGCAGCGAGUGUGGAAAAGGCUUUGUGAAUAAGAGCAAUCUCACUGUACAUAAGCGAUUUCACACAGGGGAGAAACCUUACGUGUGUGAUGAAUGUGGAAAAGGCUUCAUCCAGAAGGGCGACCUCACAGCACAUCAGAGAGUACACACAGGACAGAGGCCCUUCAUGUGCAGUGAGUGUGGAAAAUGCUUUUCCUGGUCCUCAAGUCUCAUGAAACAUGAAAGAAUUCACACUGGAGAGAAACCCUAUUCCUGUGACAUGUGUGGGAAAGCUUUUGCCUACAUGUCAACGCUUGUGACACAUAAAAAAAGACACCCAAGAGCAAUAUGUGGCGGUCCAGUCAAGGCCAUACGUCCUCGCUUAGAGAGCCCCAGCUCAUCACAGACCAGUGUUGUCCUGCAGCAGAUAAACCCUCUUAAUACAGUGACUAUGCAGGCGCCUUCUGUGUUUUCUCACACAGCACUAAACAUCACUGGGCCUCUAGCAAACAGGAAUGUAGUCAGUGUGGCCCAGCCUGUGGCCAGAGGUGCGCCCUCCGGAGGAUUUUCACAGAACAGCAACCCUCUGAAUGCAGUGAGUGUUGUCUCACCGACAGUGGUCAAUUACAUGUUCCUUUAUGUCACAGGAAAAUAAUAGGAGACAUUCUGUGUGAAAGACAUCCUAGUUCAGAUUGUUGUUUAAAAGUAUAUCCUGAGAGAAAUUGUAUAUAUGCUGAAACUGGGAAGUUGUGAGAGUCUCGUGUUGUUCAAUAUUUGCAUUGAUAUAAAGGCAUACUCAGGUCUUAACCUAAACACAUACAUCUGUUAAUCUAUUGUAUCAAUUGAAGGAA